AUGAAGUACCUGCAGUGUGCUGCUCAACAACUCGACCCUUUGCAGGAGCCUGUGAUAAGCAACAAGCAUGACGCAGGGCCCAGUGGAGUGCAACAUACACCGAAUGAUAUGCCGUCUCUGGCAUCCAGCAAGGAGAACCUGCUAGAAGAGCAGAGCGCACUUAACUCUGAAAAAGAGUUUGAAGAGCCCCCACAUCUUUUGUCAGAGACACGAGAGGCAUACCAACAAUGCAAGUGGACUUAUGUCUGCUGGCUCAAACAACAAGAAGACAAUAGGCUGGAAAAACCCAAGCCCGCCAAGGAUCAGCAAUCUAGUGAAAACUCAGGGAACUCACAUGUGCAGAAGAAUGUACAUCCUAAUCACAGCAAGUCCCCAAAAACCCGUCUUCAAGAGGCAAACCUGCUUUAUGGAGACGAGGCAGUUGAAUCAGAAGAGGCACAGAUUGUAUGGAUAGACUCAAUCAGUGAACAACUGGAUGAGAACCAUUCAGGCCACACCUCAAAGGCUUAA